GUCUAGGCGAGUCCGAAAAGGGAGAAGGCCGGAUCAAAGAACGGUGCGAGGAGCCAAAUUUUCCAUUCGAAUUUCUAGGUUUUUUCGACGAGGAACCCACGUUCUCGUUUGAAUUUCCGGGAUUUUUUGACAAAGAGCCCGUUUUUUCGUUCGAGUUUCCGGGAUAUUUCGACGAGCAACCCAAUUUUCCGUUUGAAUUCCCAAAAUAUUUUGAGGACUUGGAGGCCACCGAGUACGUGGAGCAGUCGACGGAUUAUGAAGGGCCGCUUAUGUUCAUUAACUAUUUUCAAGAGCCCGAGGAAGUCAAGCUUGAGGAGGCGACGCCCCAACUGGUGUUAAUUGGCGAGUCCUUGAGGACAAGGACUCAUUCGAAGGGGGAAGGAAUGAUGCGGAAGUGGAUUUCGAGGCCCGAGCACGCCAAGAGCCAAUGGUCGAGACGAUCCGAGAAGACUGAGAAAAGGGCCAAAACCACACAUGCAUGGCCUAAAAGACGAGUACGAGCCCGUAUGCGAGGUUCACGAGGAAGGCAACAUGAGUCGUGGACACACGCAUGGCCUCUGGCUUAUCGCACGGGGUCAAAAAGGACGAGUGCCAAGCAAAGGACAACCAAGGUGAUAGGGUCGAGCAUGCAAGGGUCUACGAAGAUAAAGAGUUCGAGCAAGUGCGAGGAUACGAGCGACAAUUGGGGAAGCCUCGUGGGUCGAGGAGUAGCGCGCGACCAAGCACGCGGAGGA